UUUAGGUUUAGUCCCAACACAAUGGCUAUUAGUGCCGAGUUUUCAAUUGUCGACUAUCUUGUAUUCGGUCUAUUGUUGGCCAUUUCGUCGGCAAUUGGUAUCUACUUUUGGUUCAGUGCCCGCAAACGGGUAUCCAGUGACGAAUUUUUGACCGGCAAUCGCCAGUUGGGUGUAUUCCCGGUCACACUGUCACUGGUGGCCACUUUUAUGUCGACCAAUACAUUGCUUGGUUUGCCGGCCGAAGUCUAUCAGGUGGGCACACAGUUCUCGAUGAAUAUCAUAUCGUUUUUUGUGGCCAUUGUGUUGGCCGCACACGUAUUUAUGCCAAUCUAUUACCGGUUGGGCCUAUUGAGUGUCAAUGAGUAUUUGGCCAAAAGAUUUAACUCCGGGUACAUACGUCUGGCCGGAACUUUCGGUUUUAUUUUAGCGACUACUACACAUAUGGCAACUGUUUUAUAUGGUCCGGCAUUAGCAUUAAGCUCCGUUACUCCUCUAUCGAUCACAACAUCUAUACUAGUGGUUGGAGUUAUCUGUACUUUCUAUACAACAAUUGGUGGCAUUAAAGCUGUUAUAUGGACUGAUGUUAUACAAUGUAUACUAAUGUUUUUGGGUGUCCUAAUGGUUAUCAUACAAGGUAUUUCAGAAGUCGGCGGUAUAGCCAAAGUGUGGGAUAUCAAUGAAAAGGGCGGUCGACUCAAGUUUUUCAAUAUGCAAUUUGAUGUCUACAAUCACGACAACUUCUGGAAUGUCGUAAUCGGUACAACCAUUUCAUGGACAGCUGUCUAUUGUGUCAAACAGGCACAGGUUCAGCGAUACAUUAGUAUGGAAUCGGCGGCUAAAGCCAAACGUACCCUCUACUGGAACCUACCCGGCCUAAUACUAUUGUGCGUGUUGGCCAUAAUGUGCGGUAUGGUUAUAUACGCCAAAUAUCAUGAUUGCGAUCCAAUCACUUUGGGACUAAUCAGCCGACACGACCAACUGAUGCCCUACUUUGUGAUGGACACACUGGCAAAAUAUCCGGGACUACCCGGCCUAUUUGUAGCAUGUAUAUUUAGCGGAUCGCUUAGUUCAUUAUCAUCUGGUUUCAAUGCAUUGGCUACCAUGACAUGGAUAGAUAUAGUCAAACCAUGUUUGAAAAUAACCGAUGAAAAACAGACUCUAAACAUAACUAAACUAAUUGCCAUGUGCUAUGGAUUGUUGGCAAUAGCCAUGUCCUUUGGUGUUGGAAAUGCUGGUACUGUAAUGCAAGUAUCGUUAGCAUUGACGGGAUCAACAUCGGGACCAAUGUUUUCACUGUUUAUUGUCGGCAUAUUCUAUCCCUAUGCAACAUCAUUGGCGACACUAAUUGGUUUUAUAAGCGGUAUAUCCGUUAGUUAUAUGCUAUCAAUUGGUGCAAUGAUUAUCCCGCGACCCAAAGUCUCAUUGCCGACAACUAUCGACUCGUGUGCGGCUCAUCUGAUCCAAGACUAUCUACUGAUGAUGGGAUCAAAUAACAAAACAUCAUUAGUUAGGCCAGUGUUUAUCGCACACUACGAUAAUCCCGAUGGUUUUGGUAAAGUGUUUCAUAUAUCAUAUCUAUUGAUGUCAACCAUUGGUUUGAUUAUCUCAUUGUUUUUUACCAUAAUUUUAAGUCUAUGUAUAGGCAAACGCAAUGAUAAUAUAGAUCCGAGUCUAUUGUCACCGAUUGUUAAAUACAUAUAUCCAUUGAAUAGCAAACGGCAAACAUAUUAUCAAACAUCAGUUAAAAAGUUUUAA